AUGAUGAUCUUCUUGUUCUUCCUCUCCGCCAUAAUCAUCAUCAUCAUCACCAUCACCAUCAUCUAUUUCUUCUUAUUUUCCUACCCAUUCUCGAAGUCUAAGGGACUGUCAAAACACUAUAUCCACAAGCAUGUUAUGAUGCCUCGGAAAGAUAAGCGGAAAGGUGAUUGUUGUGGACGCUUUGAAGCUAGCAGUGAUGGGUACUACUGCAAAAUCUGUGACUUUUUCUUCCACAAGACAUGUGUCGAGUCCUCCCAAUCUAUCAACCACCCAUCUCAUCUCAUGCACAGCCUUACGCUUCAAGAUCGUCAAGAUCAUUAUAGUUGUACGUUAUGUAGAAGGCAUAUGGAGAAUCUGAUCUAUAGCUGUGAGGAGUGUGGCUUCCACACGGAUCUACACUGUGCCAUGUACCCACCACCAGAUGUUAUUGACAAUUCGGAGACGCAUGGCCAUAAGCUCACCUUCUAUAAAUGGGCUUUGGAGUAUUACUGCUAUGCUAAAUGUGGCAGCAUUGGUGAAGGAGCUAGUUACUCUUGUGAUGAAUGUGGUUUAACAUUUCAUUCGGGUUGUGUGGAUCACCCGUUAAAGCCUAAUCGCUCCUCAGAGGUAAAGCAUCCAUUGGAGGUAAACCACUCUCACCAUCCAUUACACCCUCUUAAACUCCUCAAGGGUGUUGAAAGACCCAACUAUUGUGAUGGAACAUGUCGUCUUUGCGGGAAAGAGAUUGGUGAUAAAUUGUUUUAUCAUUGCUCUUCCUGUAAUUUCACAGUGGAUAUGCGUUGUGUUGUGAGUCCACCAGCACCAUCUCUUCUGAAUUUGAAAGCUCAUGAUCACCAACUCAACCUUAUCCCAAGACUCAUUUCUUUUACUUGUAAUGCUUGCGGGCUGAAAGGAGAUCGAAGCCCCUAUGUAUGUAUUCAAUGCGGCUUCAUGGUCCAUCAAGACUGUCUUGAUUUUCCACGACUCAUAAACAUCAACCGACAUGACCAUCGUGUUUCACGCACUUCUCUUAUUGGUGUUGUGGAUUCUGUAUGUGGUGUUUGUCGCAAGAAGGUGGAUUGGACUUGUGGGGGUUUUUCUUGUCACAAGUGUCCUGGCUAUAUCGUUCAUUCCAAAUGUGCUACCAGACAAGAUGUCUGGAAUGGUAAAGAGCUCGAAGGAAUACCCGAAGAAACAGAAGAUACAGAGCCAUACGUGAGAAUAGAUGACAACACAAUACAACAUUUCAGCCAUAAAGAACAUAAUCUAAGAUUCAACAAGGGUUGUAUUCUAAGAGAGGAGGACAGGUGGUGCAGCGCGUGCACUCAACCCAUCUAUCCAAAGUCUUUUUAUGGGUGUAUGGAUUGUGAUUUUUUUCUCCACAAAAAAUGCGCUGAAUUGCCUAAAAGGAAACGGCAUGCGCUGCAUAAUGAUUGGCUAAGUUUAGUUACAAGCGAGGACGACUUGUUUUACUGUUCUGCUUGUUAUGUACGUAGCAAUGGUUUCAAGUAUCAGGGAGAGGGCGCGUUUUCAUAUGUGAAGUUAGAUGUCCGAUGCUGUUCAAUUUAUGAGCCAUUUGACCAUCCAAGUCACCCCCAGCAUCCCUUAUAUCUCCUUUCACCACACGACGAUGGAAUAUGCAACGGUUGCAAGAGGUUUCAAUUUAAAGUGCUCAGAUGCAUUGAAGACAAAUGUGGAUUUGUCUUGGACGUCAAGUGCGCCACUCUACCACAAGUGGUAAAUCAUAGAGUUGAGGAUCAUGCUCUCACACUAUGCUAUGGUGAAGAGGCAGAGGGUAAAUACUGGUGUGAUAUUUGUGAGAAAGAAUUAAAUCCAAAGAAAUGGUUCUACACGAAUAAAGACCACGAGACUAGCUUGCAUACAGAGUGUGUGUUCGGAGACUUGACAGCUUUCAUGCCAGGAAAGAGAGGAGAGUAUUGGUACAACCAUUUUGAAGUGGUCCUCAAUAAUAGCAUGUCUCGUCCAUAUUGUAACCAGUGUAAGUCCCGUUGCAUGUUCCCUAUCAUGUUGAGGCUGUUUAAUGGAACCUUAGAUUCAUACAUUUGCUCUUAUGACUGCCUAGAUCGCUUCCCUGUAGGUGACCGGGGUUGGACAAGAAUGGAGAUUUUCAGGAAGGCCGAAACCGUGCGUUUACGUAGCUACCACGACAAGUACCUUCUAGCAGAGGAUGAUGAAGAAUCCGUGAACCAGGACAGAGACGGCCGGUCUAUGAACGCUCGAUGGACGGUCGAGAUUGUAGAAGAAGCGAACGUGAUCCGUCUAAAGAGCUGUUUUGGCAAGUACCUAACCGCUUCAAACAUCCCAAUGUUCCUCGGCAUGACCGGCAAGAAGGUAACGCAAACGCUGCCACGGCGGCUAGACUCAUCAACUGAAUGGGAACCCGUAAGAGAAGGUGUCCAGGUUAGGCUCAAGACGAGGUAUGGUCAGUAUCUUCGAGCUAAUGGAGGUUUACCGCCAUGGAGAAACUCAAUAACACAUGACAUUCCUCAUAGGACAACCACACAGGAUUGGGUUUUAUGGGAUAUUGAUAUUUUGGAAAGCAGAAAGAAGAAAACACCACCAGUGGAUGCACCGCCACCAGCGGCUGCUUCACCACCACCAAUGGCUGCUUCACCACCAGCUUUUACGCCUCUCCCGCCUCCUCCGCCGCCACCAGAGCUUCUGAUGGAAAGAAAAGAUGAUUAUGAUGAGCCCCAUUCACCAGAAGGAUUCUCUCUCAAGUCCCCAAGAUUUUCUAAAACAGAGACUGUUGACAGGGUCAGCUCACCGGUCAGGGCAGAUGGGAGAUUAAUCUAUUACAGAGUUGCGGACAACGAUCAAAACGUGGACGAGAGCGCCAAGGAAGAGCUUUUCUGCUUCAAGGGAAUGGGACUAGAAGAGCUGAAACAGAAGCUUGAAGAAGAGACAGGUCUGAGUGGUAUAUCAAUCUGUUCCAAAAAUCCUUUAAACGGAAAAUUGUAUCCCCUUCGGUUGCAUCUCCCUCCUAACAACACAAAGAUGCACGUCGUCUUGAUCCCUUCGUCUUCAAAAGGGGAUGAUGCUGCAAGCACUUCUUGA